AUGCGAACAAACACAGUUCCUAAACAUAAAAAUUACUUGAACUUGAAGCAUUACAUGUUAGGCCAUCACAGUCAGUACAUGAGAGACUCGAGAGCCGUCGCUAAGGAGGCCCUUCGCUACGCUAAAAGCCUGAAGCUCGCUGGCGACGGCAACGACAUAUGGAUCUUUGAUAUAGACGAUACCUUGAUCUCUCAUUUGCCUUAUUUUGCUAACCAUGGACUCGGGACGGAGCCGAUUAAUUUGACGUCGUUCAUUGAAUGGAUGAACAAAAGCAAAGCACCAGCCUUGCCGGCGAGUCUUCAAUUGUACAGAGAAUUAUUGUCACUAGGGUUUAAGAUUGUCCUCCUGACGGGAAGGCCUGAGGAGUGGAGAAUGGCGACAGUCACCAAUCUAAAGAAAGUUGGAUACCAUACUUGGGAGAAACUUAUCCUCAAGUCAUCAUCUUAUCCAGGAAAUAUAACACUUCAAUUAUAUAAAUCAAUUGAAAGAAGAAAGCUUGAGGAGAUCAAUGGAUACCGAAUCAUUGGAAACAUGGGGGAUCAAUGGUCUGAUAUCAGUGGGAUUCAUCCAGGCAAUCGGACGUUUAAGCUCCCUAAUCCUAUGUACAACAUAUCAUAGUUAAAUGUUCCAAAUAUGA